ACCUCCAUCAUCAUCACCUCUUCAACAACAUUAUGUCAUGGCGGUAAGGCUCAUCAGGCCGAUCAACUCGGCCAUUCGAAGGCAUUUGGCUACGGCUCCUCCUGCAUCGUCAGCUGCUUUGUCCGGACUUAUUACUGGCAAAAAAUCGAAUCUUUUGAAUAGCCGCUUUGCACCAAAUCAGAGCAAAAGUCCAGUUCAUCAAUGUCAAAGAUUGUACAGCGCCCUAUCUCCAGUGCAACGACAUCCUCCUUCACUGUAUGGACAGCUGCAACCGAUUUCAUUCAGCAUCAUUGCCCAUAUCGAUCAUGGAAAGUCAACUUUGGCAGAUCGACUGCUUGAAAUGACAGGUACAAUUCCCAUAGGUGCGGACGGACAAGUGAUCAACAAGCAAGUUCUCGAUAGCUUGAAAGUGGAACGAGAACGUGGAAUCACAGUAAAAAGUCAAGCAGUCAGCAUGAUCUACGAUGAUGUAACUACCAAACAGAAAUGGCUACUCAAUCUCAUUGAUACGCCCGGUCACGUCGAUUUUGCCUAUGAGGUCAGUCGAAGUUUAUCAGCUUGUCAAAUUGCACUUUUGGUUGUUGAUGCAACACAAGGCAUUCAAUCACAAACAUUGUCUGUCUUUCGAGUUGCGAUGGCACGAGGAUUACGGAUAAUACCCGUUAUCAACAAGAUUGACCUUCCUGGAGCAUCACCUGAUGCAGUAUUGGAUCAACUUCAUGAACGUUUGGGAUUGAACGUGCUACCCGGCGAAAGUGAAGAAGCAAUAAUGGUCAGUGCAAAGACUGGAAAAGGUGUGGAAGAUGUUUUGAAAAGACUUGUCGCUGUCGGAAGUGAAUCCACCCAAGACGUUGGAGACGGUCAAGAUGAAAAGAUGCGAUCGCUGGUAUUUGAUAGUUGGUACGAUUCAUACAAAGGAGUUGUAGCUUUGAUCAGUGUCAAAGAUGGAGCGAUUCGAAAAGGUGACAAAAUUGCAUCUGCACAUUCACGAAAACGAUACGAAGUUCUCGAUAUUGGUGUGAACAGUCCCACUGCAAUUGCCACGGGAAUUUUGCGGAAAGGACAAGUGGGUUGGGUUAUUUGCAACAUGAAAAGUGUGCCAGAAGCAUCAAUCGGAGAUACACUCCAUCACGACAAAGUCAAAGUUGAUCCUCUGCCUGGGUUUAAGCCCUCUGUGCCGAUGAUCUACUGCUCGGCUUUCCCAGUAUCCUCGGCCGAUUUCCCCAAAUUAGAGAUGGCAAUUCAAAAGCUUGCAUUGAAUGACAGAAGUGUUACGUGGUCACGAGAAAGCAGUCUAGCUUUGGGUCAAGGUGUCAAGUUGGGACUAUUGGGUGCAUUACACAUGGAAAUCUUUCGAGCUCGUCUGGCGGAUGAGUAUGGAAUGGAAGUAUUGAUCACCAAUCCGACUGUGGCAUAUCGAAUCGUACGACCAAAUGAAGAUGAGAAUGAAGCGAAAGUGAUUACCAAUCCACUUGAAUUUCCAGAUGAUGAAGUGAUGCGCUCCAAGAGAUCAACAAAGAAUGGUCUUCAAAUUCAAGAGCCAAUGGUGAUCGGUACUCUUACCUGCCCGGAAGAAUAUUUGGGUGCAAUGUCGCAAUUAUGCUUUGAUAGACGGGGAGAAGAAAUUGAUUUGAUCUUUCAAGAUGGAUUCGGAACAGGCGAAGAUGGUAAGCCUGUCGGCGCUGAAAAUGCAGGAGGGGAAAGGUUGGUGAUUAUGAAACAUCGCUUGCCAUUAUCAGAGAUUGUGACGGAUUUCUUUGGUGAAUUGAAAUCAAAGACGGCAGGAUUCGCAACUUUCGAUUAUGAAGACGAUGGCUGGCAAGCAAGUGAUCUUGUCAGACUAUCCUUCUUAUUGACGGGGACGCCAUUGGAUGCGCUUUCACAAAUCGUUCAUCGUAGUAAAGCGGUAGACGUUGCAAAAGUAUGGACGCAAAAGCUAAAGGACAUCGUACCUCGUCAACAAUACGAAGUCAACAUUCAAGCAAUGGUAGGCGGACGAGUUGUUUCAAGUGAAAAGAAGACUGCUUAUCGCAAAGAUGUUACUGCUGGAUUAUAUGGAGGACAUUAUGAACGUAAAUUGAAGCAUCUCAAUAAACAAAAGGAGGGAAAGAAGAGGUUACGAGCAAUGAGUGUGGGUCGUGUACAAAUCCCUCAAGAAAACUUUAUGAAAUUAUUCGAAGCAAAAUAGAUCAUUCAUUACUCUCCAUUCUUGUACUUUAUCUCAUACAUUGCAUUGUACAACAGGCAAAAAAAACAAACAUUGCAUACUUUUCCACAUUAAAUUGAUGGC